UCGCUGUGCCCCGGCGAUUCCCGCUGAACGCCCGUCCCGAGCCGUGCGAUGGACUCCAUGUUUGAGGAUGACAUCAGCAUCCUCACCCAGGAGGCCCUGUGCCAGGAUGAGGAGUGGCUGGACAGCCCCAACACGGACAUCUCCAGUGAGAUGUGCUCGGCCUCUCACUUCGCCCUCAUCACGGCCUACGACGACAUCAAAAACCGUCUGACCAGCCUGGAGAGGGAGAACUCCACCCUCAAGAGGAGGCUGAAGAUGUAUGAGAUCAAGUACCCGGUGAUCAGCGAGUUCGGGGAGGAGCGCCUCUUCUCGGUCUACGACACCCACGAGUGCUCCCUGCUGAAGAGCGAGAAGGCCAGCCUCCAGCAGCAGCUCAACCAGUUCCAGCAUGAGCUGCAGAAGAGCAAAGAGAGGGAGGAGCAGCUGGACGAGAUGAUCCAGGCGUAUGAGAAGCUGUGUGUGGAGAAGGCUGAUCUGGAGUCGGAGCUGGGGGAGAUGAGAGCUUUGGUGGAGACUCAUCUGAAUCGGAUCCGGAGCCUGGAGCAGCAGCUGCGACAGAGAGAUGGCAACUCCUUCCAGAACCUCAACUCCCAGCUGCAGAACCAGGAGGUCCAAUACCUGUCGCUCCACGGCAGCCCUGGCCUGACACAUGUGCUGGAUCGCUCGAUGAGCUGGCAGAGCUCCCGCAGCCUGGAGCAGCCCAGCGAGCUGGAGGUGCACAGGCUGGAGGCCGAGCUGGAGGAGACCCGGCACGAAGCCCAGAGCUCGCAGCGCCGGGAGGAGCAGCUGAAGGCAGAGUGCGAGAGGCUGCAGUCUGAGCUGAAGCAGCUCCAGGAGACCCGGGCGCAGGACCUGGCGACCAGUCAGUCGGAGCGGGACAUGGCCUGGGUGAAGAAAGUCGGUGAUGACCAGGUGAACCUGGCGUUGGCCUACACCGAGCUGACCGAGGAGCUGUGCCAGCUGAGGACCCUCAGCUCCCUGCAGAGCCAGAUGCUCCGGACGCUGCUGCAAGAGCAGGCCAUCAACGGCGGCCAGAGGCACUCCCCGCUCUCGCAGCGCCGCUCCCCGGCGCCGCCCUGCCCGCCCCCGGCUCAGCAAGGCCGGCCCCCGGCCCCCCAGUGCCAGUCUCCCGCGCUGCAGCGGCGGUCUCCCGUCCCCCCCAGCCAGUCCCCUGCCCAGCAGCGCCGCUCCCCGGCGCCCCCCCCGUGCCAGUCCCCUGCCCAGCAGCGCUGCUCCCCGGCGCCCCCCCCGAGCCAGUCCCCCGCCCAGCAGCGCCGCUCCCCGGCCCCCUCCUGCCCGUCCCCCGCCUCCCAGCACCGGGCGCCCCCCACCAGCGAGAGGAACAUGAUGGAUCUGGGGUACUCGAAGCCCCCAAGCCACCACAUCAAAGCCAGCUUCCAGGGGCGUCGCAGCUACUCGGAGGUGAGCGACGCUGCCGUCUACCGGCAGGGCCACUCCCUGUGGCUGCAGCCCGAAGCCUCCACGCUGCCUAAGCACCGUCCCUACGGCGAGGUUUACAUCGGGGGGGCCGGCGGGCCCGGGAGCGCCAGGGACGCCUUCGAGGAGCACCUGCGCUUCGAGAAGCAGUCCUCGGACGAAGACGAGUGGGGCGUCCCCAGCCCCCCCAGUCCCGAGGCGGGCGCCAUCCGCUGCGCCUCUUUCUGCGCCGGCUUCCCCAUCCCUGACCCCGCCACGCACCGGACAGCUGCCUCCUACUCCAGGGCCGAGCACGCGCAGUCCUGGCCGUCGAUCAACCUGCUGAUGGAGACGGUGGAUUCCGACAUCCGAAGCUGCCCCCUCUGCCAGCUGGCGUUCCCUAUUGGCUACCCGGACGAUGCUUUGAUAAAGCACAUUGAUUCGCACCUGGAGAACAGUAAGAUCUGAGGCUUCUCCUCCUCGUCCUGACUUCCUUACAGCCCUGGCCCCCUUUGGAUGCUGCAUGAAAACGCGGGGAGCGACACGGCUCCCUAAAUACCUCCAAGUCUUCAGUAGCUGCAGGAAAGACUGAACUGUAAGAGAUUCACCUCUCCCUCACCUUGGUUUUAAGUGGGUUUCUUCCACCCCCCCACCCCCCGUGACCCCAGGAUCUGCAAUACCCGGUGAUGCUUGUGCCAGCCGGCGGGACGCUCCGGUCCAGGCACUGGGGGAGGGCAGACCCGUCGGUAGUGGCUUCUUACAGAGGGUGUCGCUUGCCUUUUACUGCUGCUUCCUUUACAGCUCUUGCUGUGUCAUUUGGUUUCUCUGGAUGAUCUCAGGGAGGAUUGAUGGAGGAUGGAUCCCCCCCCCACACCGCCCACACCCCCACUCUGAAAGCUGCUUCCGUGAGAGGCACAGAGUUUCCAUGCACCUGUCUGCGGGAAUCUCGGUGCCGUUUGAGUCUCUCUCCCCAGGGGUUUAAUUGUUCCAGGACGGUUGGUUCUCUUCAGCUUUGGUCACUGUUGGGCCCCCGAGAGCUUUCAAACCAACCUGCCUUGGCCUUUGGCUGCUAGUUCAAGCAUCUUACCAGUCUUUUACAUUAAAAUCCCACCACCCCUUCUCUCAGUGACGCUGUUGAGAAACGAAACCCACUUUCUAGAGGUGUAGCAUGGACAUCCCAUAAUAUUGCACUGAACUUAAUGCCGGCUAGGGGCCGUAUCCUGGUCUCCUCAAAGUCAACGGCUGGUUUUGUCAUCGACUCCGGCGGCGCCUAGCUACGUCUCUGGUGUAGUUAUAUUCUCUUCGAUGUAUCGUUUACUCCUCCUUCAUUGCUUUGAGUAGCUAGUUACCGUGUAUCAAGGAUCCUCUCUGUGUCCCGCAUAGCGGUCACGCCCUCACCUUGCCCGCAGUCUCGUGACGGCCUGUGACACUGGCGUGACGGCAUCGUGUUAAUUCCGCAGCGGUCACCUACGUGGGUCCAAGAUCCACUGUCUCUCUCCGGCCUUACUAAGCAUCUUUGCGUUGUACUGAUCUACGCCAAGCCCAUUCAGACUGGCCAGCUGUCCCCAUUUCCCCCGCGGGGACUGUCUCAAUGGAACGACAUGGGGUCAUUCGUUCAUCAGAAGUGCCCGUAUAGUGAAGAUGCUUUGGAAAGUAGCCCCGCAUCUCCUAGCAGGACCCAGAGAUAGUUUUUGUGCUGGGCAAACCCCUGCUCCUUUGUCAUUCCCCAGGGUGCUGAUGACGCUAGCAGCUGUAGCAGUGCUUCUCUGGGUAGGCAUCGGCUGUUCCUCUGGCUGGUGUCAUUCGUCCAAACUCUGGGGCGGGGAAGGGAAGGAAGAGAAUCUCGCUUGCUCUUGGCCGCGCCGUGGGCUGGGAGGUGGCGUUCGCCCUCCGGCAUUGGAGUGGAAAAUGUAAUUCAGAACGAACCGGCCCUUUCACCCCAAUGCUCGGCCUAGAGAUGGGCCCAAACCACUAACCGUUAAUCUGGAGCGACCAGAUCCCUGGCAUUUCAAGGGGUAUUCAGAUGCAGGGUUUGGGCCCCACUCUCAAAGUGGGCUGGGGAGUGGGUGUGGUGUGAAAUUGGUUUACUUAGGGUGAGGAUUCUCCGGGCCCAAGGGGAAUCCUGAGCUCCUUGUCUGAGGAAACUCUCAGAAGGGGAGGACUUGUCCAUACUUGAAAGUUAGUGCGGAUUAAAGCACAGUGUAAAUGGAAAGUGUAUUAGUUGUUCCCGAUUAACCCCCCAUGCCUGGACCCUUUUAUUCCACAACAAGAGUGCCCCGUUCUCGUUUAGUUUCACUACGGCGCGUUAAGCUGACCGGGGACAAGGCUGGAAUACGAGGAUCCACAAAUGGAACAAUUCCACGGCUAGCCGAGCCCUGGAUUGUGGGGUUUGUCCGUGGAACCGAGAAACCCCUGGAAUUUAGAGGUUUCCAAAUUGCCAUAAGAAGAGUUUGUGAUUUAACAGGGAUCAGAGCAGGGCCAACCUGUGGCUCGGGUGCCCUGGGGGCUGGCUGGCGUGAUGACGAGCUUCUGACCCCACAUGCUGGGUGGCCGAGGGGUUCGUUACCGACUGAUGGUGCUGGCGAUCCAGGGUGGACGGAUGCCAGAAUUAUAGGACCAGGAAUUUACUGAUGGGCUUGAUGUGGAAAUCACUGGGUGCGGCGCUCUGGCCUGCGUUAUGUGUAACUGACACAUAAGCCACCCAGAGGCGGGUCCACGCAGGAGCUUGGAUCAUUUUGGUCCCUUCUGGCCUUAAUGGGUGUGUCUGCACUGCAGAGAAACUCCCGUGGCUGACCCGGGUCACCUGACUCGGGCUUGGGCUGUGGGACUAUAAAGUUGCAGUGUAGACGCCUGGGAUCCUCCACCCUCGUGGGGUCCCGGAGCCUGCGCCCCAGCCUAACGCCAGACAUGUACAGGGCAGUCUUAUAGCCCUGCCGCCUGAGCCCCGGGUGUUUCAUCGCAGUGUAGACGUACCCAAAGCCUAUGAAUCAGAGAGCAAUUCCAGACGCUUCCAAGCAGCGCUGACGCCGGUGCCCCCGUGUAAGGUGCCCAAGUCUAACGGGGACGCGGGCCUUUGGGAAAACGCAUUCAAACCGGUUUUGUGCAUUCUGGGGAGGUGGGGGCUAACACCCCGCCACUCAUGGCUCACCCCCCAUAUCUCAUGUCGUGCUGCAUCUGUGGCCGGAAGUCGUGGCAUUGGGCAAACAGGGCCCAAUCCUGCGAGAUUGCAGAAAAAUUCCAAGUAGGCUCUGAGCACCCUCAAGUCCCACAGAAGUCAGCGGGGGCUGAAAGGGCUUGGGUCUCCUUGGAAGGCCAGCUGGCAAAAAUCGGUGUAGCCCCUUUGGCGUCAAUGGGGCCACGCCAAUUUACACAGACAGAGGAGCUGGCCCCGUCCUCCUUGGCUGAUGCAUCACUCCUUUCCAUGCUCUGAUAACACGCUCGCCCACAAGCUGUGGAUCACAGGCAAGACAAGCAUUUUCAGCAGGCGGAGGAUUCCAGCCAUAUUGAAGUCAUGUCACUUUAAGGUUGGGGGAGGGGCCAGCACUUGGGGGGGAGGAGUCAAGGGCUAGAGACGUGCCCGCGAGCAAUUUAAUUUCCCCACUACUGACACCACUUGUCCCACAUCCACAUGAAAUCUACCUCAGAGCCAACGAGAAGCAGAAAUGAUGGAGCGGGGAGAUUGGGCUGGGCCGCCCAGGUCCAUCUCCAGGGGUCUGAUGCAUUCUGCAUUGUGGCGCAAAGCCUGAUGCGACAACGCACGGCUCUGUCUGAAGAGCCCAGAGCGACCCCUUCCCCAUGCGUGGUCUGCAGCGAGCUCUCGGUGUGUCAUUUAUUGUAGGCUGCUCCGGGCCUGUUACUUCAAACCCCCCCAACCCCCGUUCUAGUCCAACAAUCCAAAGCAGAAAUAUGUGAUGUGGUAUAAUCUCCGCCCCUCUCCCAACCGAGCACCCAAUCGGGAGAUCCAAGCGGCCUGUCAGUCAUUGUUCUGUGCUGCAUGCUCUUGACUGACCCAACAAACACGAGCCCCUGAGAUCCCCAGCUCAGGGGAACGUGGAGAGACAUUGGUCUUUAUGUAUCUUCCUUUUGUGUAUGUUCUCUUUGAAGAGAUCCUGUGCUCUGUGAAACAGAAUAAGUCGAAUAAAAGUUACCUAUAG